AUUUGCAAUUACACACGAACCAAUUCCACAUAAUGCUACAAAUGAAUGACGCCAUAUUCAGGCCGUCUGCGCCCUAUCAGCCAGUCGACAAUAUUCCCAACGAGCCUUUCUCGCCCGACGACACAGCUCGGAUCCAAAUAGCACUCAGCAAAAAGCUGGGCCCUGAGCACAUCAGCUCACGUCGUGGAAUGGGAAGCACGCGUCUGGCAUACAUCGAAGGUUGGCGGAUCAUCAGCAUCGCCAACGAGGUUUUCGGGUUCAACGGCUGGAGGUCAAACCUGUUCAACAUGGUCGUGGACUUUGUCGAUGUGGAUCCAAAGACAAACAACGUCUCUAUCGGCCUCAGCUGCAUGGUGCGUGUUACUCUGCGCGACGGCACCUACCGGGAGGACUGUGGAUAUGGAAUCAUCGAAAACUGCAGGUCGAAGGCACAGGCUUUCGAAAAGGUCAGAAAGGAGGCUGUCACGGACGCGCUGAAGCGUGCAAUGCGCCAGUUUGGAAACGUUCUGGGCAACUGUAUAUACGAUAAAGAGUUCUUGCGGCAUGUUUCCAGCGAGCCCAAGCAGCCGCGGACGAGCAUGUCUGGUAGUACACUGUUCCGGAAUUGCGAUCUGGAUGGCAGGUUGGUCGCAGCAGGCCCUGGAGCCGUAGCAACACCUACAAGCAACCAGCAGGUAUCUCUUGUACCCGUCCUCACCACAGCGCCUGCACAGUCUCCACUUGCAGGCCACACACAAGCCACACCUGCCCACGAGGUCCGUCGUAUGAAUCCAGCGCCUGAGGUAGUACCUAUGCCUGGCAUAUCUGCUCAAGCAGCCAACAGUGUGGCGGGUGCAUCUAUAGGCACGAGACACACAGCUCCGCCCAAGAGCGAACAACGGCAUGCUAGCACAUGUGCAAAGCCACCACAAAGCAUCCCAAGCAACAACGCAUUGCCAGCCGCUGCCAGCGCAGAAAACAACAACAUUGAAGCCGACUUGGACGACAUUCUUUCUGGGAUUGAUGGUCUGACGGACGACGAUCUGCUUGACGUAGGCGAGCCAGGAGCUAACCGCCGAGCGAGCACAGCUAGCGCAGCAUCAUCUUCUACUGAAACAUCGCUUGAACAGAGCCAGCUAGAAACUCCACAGACACGCGCGCAGUUACCCAAGGGUGGUUGUGGUGAAGCUGUUGACCUUGACACCGUGAAUGGAAUUCUGUCUGACAUUGACUGGUCGGAUAUCGGACAGGCCGAUUUGUUUGCCGACUUGGAAUCCAACCGCCCUGUCGUUCCUGAAAGCCCAGUAUUCCCUUAUACCGAUGAGUCGCCGCUCUAUGAUUCUGCCGACCCGCAGCAGAUGCCAGAAAGCUCCACACAAGGGCCAUGUGCCGGGUAUAGUGGCGGUGCACAGUCAUCACUAGCCGCAGGCAGUAUGACGCGUAGCGGCAACCUUACUACUAGUGGCAUUAGUAGGCCCCAAAGGCCAUCUGUGCCACCGCCAAAUGCGGUACGCAAUGUAGCACAUGCUGCAAGGCGUCGGGGCUCGGAUCGUACAUUAUCAAGCAAUGCUCAUCAUCGAUCAUCUACGUCAAGCGAAAGAACUGUAUCAGCUCAGACACACGACCAACGGAGUAAUGAUUCCACUGAAGGCAAUGGGCGGUCAAACUCCGACUUUUGGGUAUGACAUUGACUGUACCUAAUCAGGAGGCUCGUUCAGCAUCAAACCGACGGUGUAGCACUUCUUGGUUAGGGCACAGCUAUAGGCUAUAAGAUAUAUCUCCCUGCACUUUCUCUCUUUAAUUCUGUUCUGUUGUUCAUUAGGAGCAUUCCAAAUAUCAAAAUACUAAAC